GUUCGCGUGCAUCUUCACUCACCGGUGGACUCUCGUCCUCGCUCGCCCUCGGCAGCCACACCCUUCCCUGUCGUCCGUUUGUCAUCCGCUCGUCAUCCCCGCUUGUCUUCCGCGCCCGACGUCUGCUCGUUGUCCCUGCUCGUUGUCCGCGCCCGCCAUCGCGACAGUGCAAGCGGAUGGGCGAGAAGGUGUGGACACGGAAAUUGUCAGUAGGUACGCUCGUCGUCCGCCCGCCCGUCCGUCCACCCGUCCGUCCACCCGUCCGCAUGCCCGCUCGGGCACGUGUUCGUCGGCCGUGUCUGCGUGCUGGGCAUUUGCCCAGCGCGCUCGCGGUCACCAUGCGCGUGGUGGUCGUCCGCACACUGUGUCCGUGUGCUCGUCCUCUCACCCUCUCGCCCGCCCGCUCGUCCUCUCACCCUCUCGCCCGCCCGCUCGCGCACCCACCCGUCUUCCUGCUCACCUACGCAUCCGCUCACGCACCCUAUUGCCCGCCGGUCUGCCCGUCUUCCAGCCCGCUUGUCUGCUUGCCCAGUACCCGUUCGUCGGCCUGUCCAUUCGCGUGCGUGCGUCCUGGGCAAUCACCCAGCACAGUCGCGGGUGGCGUAUGCUGUCGUCUGCCAUUCGUCCACCCGUCCACCUAACCACACGCCCGCUAGUGCACUCGUCAACCCGUUAACCCGCUCACCCACCUACUCACCCACUC